AUGUUUUCUCUUCCUGUGUUUAUUACUCAUCGAGCUGAGGCCUUUUAUGCAGCAAGGCGUAUUUCUUACGUGCUGCUCAGAAAGACUGUUAGGGUAAAACUAGCAUGGCUUCCAUGACCAGCAUGGAAGACCAGGAAACAAAACUAGGAGGAAAAUGGCUUACGAUGGAUCAACCGCCAUUACUAAAACUUUUACAGAAUAUUCUUAGAGAGUACCCAAAAGAUGCUCAAAUAUUUCAUGAACUAGUGCAAAAUGCAGAAGAUGCUGAAGCCACAAUCAUGAAGCUUUUGUUUGUACCAGAAACAUCUACUUCAUCCCCACCAGAAUUCGAAAAAUAUUUUCAGUCUCCUGGAGUAUGUGUUUACAAUGAUGCCCUUUUCAAUGAAGUGGAUUGGAAAAAUAUAAGAUCAGUGUGUAUUAGUCACAAGGAGACGGAGGAAAACAAAAUUGGAAAAUAUGGACAAGGAUUCAAAUCCAUUUUUCAUCUGACAGACCACCCUUUAAUAGUAAGCGGAGAUACAGUUUUGCUGAUAGAUCCAUUUAGUCAUCACUCAUGCGGCUACUACGAACUAAAGAACAUCUUCUCUACGAUAUUAACUUCAACACACAUUAAGUCAUGUUUUGAAUUGUUCGGAUUGACAGAAGAGGCUAUACAAAACAAUUUUUAUGAUGGAACUUUGUUUUGGUUUCCAUUCCGCAAGCUGGAAAGUGAAUUGUCGAAAAACGUUUUUACAGAAAAUAAAGUAGAACAACUGUUAAACAACUUUGCAGAUGAUGCAUCGAUUGUUUUGCUUUUCCUUAAUAAUCUGCAGAAAAUACAAAUGUACAAUCACAAGGACCCCACUACGCUCUAUCUUCAAGUUGAACGAACACAGCUUUUAUCAGAAACAAACUUUCCAGAAAAUACAAUUCCUUUGGAAAAUACUCCAGAUCAGUGUAUUAUCAGAGACAUUGAGAUUAGGUUAACAACAGCAGAAAACCUUAACCAGACAGAUAAAUGGUUAAUUGUUAAUCAGACCGAUAGGACAUCUAAUACUGAAAGAGACGAAUUUGAUAUAGGACCACACUGUAAACCAAACAUAACUUUAGCAUAUCAUUAUGAAAGCGGCGAAGAUAAACCCAUGGUUGGUGGUAGAGUUUUCAAUUACCUACCUUUACCGGUAACAUGCAUCACGGGGUUUCCCGUAUGUGUACAAGGACCGUUUGCCAUCAGCCAGAAUAGACGCGAGCUUAAACUUCCUGACAAACGUUCAACAGAUAGAUUUGUACUCUGGAAUGAAACACUUUUUCAACUUAUACCGAGUACAUACAAAUUAUUAGUUAAUUAUCUUAUAUCCACCAGUGAUAGGAAUGGUAAUUCUGAAAAGUUAAUUUCCACUGUUUACAACUGUAUUCCAGACAUUGAUAAAGUAGAGACAUUUUGGAAACCAUAUACAGAAUCUAUUUAUAGAGAGAUUUUGAGCUUGCCUUUAUUCUUCACAGAACUCAUAGAUAACCAUUGGGUCUGCAAAGAGGUAGCAUUAAAUCUACCAACAGAUAAUGCAGUACCGUUAGUUAGAACUCGAGUCAUAGCAUUUUUACUUGAUCACAAACAACCUGUUAUUAAAAUAGGAGGAAACAUUCCAUCAGUAUUAGACUGUUCAGAAAUAAAUUUGAUAACUCCUGCCUUCAUGGUUAAUUUGCUAAGAAAUGCUGUUCUACCUGAAACAUAUGCUGAAGAGAUGAGACUAUGCCUACUUGAAUACAUUUUGCAGGAUGCCACCUUAGACUUUGACGGCAUAAAACUAAUUCCUGUAGAGAAUGAAGAUAACGUGUGUUUUCGUCGUUCAUAUUUGGAUUAUGAUGAACCCGAAGACAAGCUUUUGCUAUUAUCAGAUGAUCAGCGAAGAGUAUUCCCUGGACUUGAUUACAGAAUUGUCAAGAUUGCUGGCCUUUCUGAUUCAGCCUAUCAAAGUUUGAAAAAAAUUGCAGCUAGUGAAAAAUAUCAACUAUGUUGUUUACAUUUGGAUGAUCUGCCUAUGUUGUUACAGUCAGUAAUAAAGCAACAAUGCAAUCCUUUUGACACAGACGGAGCAGUUGAGAUCAUUGAAGAUUCACCACUGACCAUAAACUGGAUAACACAAGUAUGGAAAUUGAUAAAUUCGUUUGAUCCACAUGAUUUAGAACCCUUUGAAGAUAUCCACUUGAUACCAAGAAGAAAUCCAGCUUCAAACAACAUUCAAACUAUUACACAUUUACUUACUAUGAACAGAUCAUAUUUGUUUUCAAGUUACGAAGGAUGUCCUAACAUUGCUAGCAAUAUACAGACUAUACUAGAGUCUGUAGGAGUAGAAGUGAUAACAUACCCCUGCGAUGUUCUUCAACCAUGCGAACAUCUUCUUAUAGGCAAUUAUAUUAAGAUUCCAACUUUUGAUUCGUUGAUUCAGUUAUGCAAGGACAAUAAAGAUCUUCAAAACAAGAUUCAAAGAAUUCUUGGGUUUAAACGUACUUUGUAUUUACCAAAUUCAGAAGUUACUAGUGCCACUUCAUUUGGGCAGAAGGAAGACCUGACAACACGGAUAAAAGGGAUACUUCGUGACCACCCAAUCGAUCAUUCAUUUCUAAAUGAACUUUUACAAAAUGCAGAUGACGCAGGAGCAACCGAAGUUCAUUUUGUGUACGACAAGCGACAACACAGUGAGAACAACGACGGGAUAUUUGAUGAGAGAUGGGAACCACUUUUAGGACCUGCACUUUGUGUUUUCAACAAUGCUUGUUUCACAGAAACAGAUAUUAAAGGAAUUCAAGAAUUGGGAAUUGGUGGAAAAUGUGGAGACAAAUCAAAGGCCGGACAAUUUGGGUUUGGGUUUAACGCUGUUUACCAUAUAACUGAUGUUCCAUCCUUCAUUACCAAGGGACCAGAUUCACCAGGAGGAGGGGUUUUCUGUGCUUUCGAUCCUCAUUGCAAAUAUGCUCCUUAUGCACAUUACGACGAACCUGGAAUGAGAAUGAACUUGGACGAGCUCAUAGACAAGUAUCCAUCGGUUUAUCGUUCUCAUAUCGGCGACGUACUGACGUCAGAUACUGGUACAUGGUUCCGGUUUCCCCUUAGAAAUGAUUCUAUGAUGACAUCUUCAGAACUGCUGAUUACCGACAAUACAGAUCCUGAAACAGAAACGUUACAGUUGAUUGAAUGUAUGAAAGAAAAUAUAGUAGACAGCCUAAUUUUUCUAAUGAAUAUAAACUGCAUUAAAAUGUCACAAAUACACGAAAAUACUGACCAUUUGGAAUUGAUGAAGAAAGCUGAGGUCGACCUGACAAAGUCAGAUGCUAAAACAAGAACCAGAUUUCAGGAUUCUGUAGGAAGAAAUGUACAACUUCUCAAUUCUUCAUCCACUUAUCAGUGUGGUGAACUUGAAGAAUAUCGAUAUCACAUAACAAUAAACGAGGAAAAUGAACAUUACAAGACUUACUUAGUUGUUCAAGCUAUUGGCCUUCACAAUAUUGAUCAAACAACACGAGACGUUGUAAAAAACAUUAAACGUCUCCCAGUUGGAGGUGUCGCUGUUCUUGCAGACUCGUCCGAAAACAUCACAGAGGACAAACGACCAAAAACCAAAUACAGGGUGUUUAGUACUCUACCACUUCCAUCUACAACGGGUCUCACUGUGCAUAUCAAUGGUCAUUUUGAGCUUGAUUCUUCUAGAAAACAACUCUUUGAGACUAGUCACUCAAAAAAACAAAACGAUAACAGAUACCGAUGGAAUAUAAUUCUAUUAAAACAAAACUUGUCUCUUGUGUAUGUGAGUUGCAUGGAAGAAUUGAAGUCAUUUUUAUUUCAAGACUACGAGGACAACGGAUUUAACAAAUUAGAAACAUUUUUGGCUCAUUUUCCUGUUGAUAAUACCCAACACAUGUAUUGGCAAACUUUGCUAUUCUAUUUCUAUCAAAGUAUUAAGACACGAAGCGCAAGUUUGUUCCCUGUAAGUCCUGAAUACACUUCACUCAUUGUUCAAGAUAAGCUUGGAUCGGCCAAUUAUAUAAACAUUAACUGGGUAUAUGAGGGAGAGUCACAUGAUGUAUUCUUUGACGAUUUGGAUUCUCAAAUUUCCGGUAGUGACUGGCAAGAUAGUCCAACUAAUGGCACGGUGCAGGAAAAAGCAGGAAAAUUACGACAGUUAUUUGUCAACAUGGGCAUGAAACUAUCAUGUGGUUCCAAAGAUUUAUGGAAAAGCUUUUCAAAAACAUGUGAAAACCACAAUGGUAGAAAGAGACACAAUGUUUUCUCUUCUUUAUCACCGUCUGACUUUGCAUGUGUUUGUAAAGAAAACGUCUCACCUAAAACUGUAAGUCUGUUCCUAAAAAAGAAAUUUAACGCACUUUGUAGUAGUGAAUGGCAAACAGCAGUAAAAGUCAUACCAAUUGAUGAUAUAGAACUGUGCCUAGACUACCUUCUGAAGGCACUUAAUUGGAAAGAUAUCAUAGGUCUCCCGCUAUUGAUGACAGAUGAUGGUUUAGUUCAUCCAAUUCAAAGCAGGAAUGAAUUCUUUUUAUCUGAAUUUGAAGACCUAUUACUUGGUAUGGAGGGAAGCUUUGUUCAUAGAAGCUUGGUACCAUCUCUUACAAAAUACACAAAGGAAUGUAAAUCUUCUAAAUUAUUUAAAAAGUUAGAUUUAGAGAAUUUUGCUACACUUUUAGAAAGAUCUCAAGACAAAGCCAGACUUAAAAGUGCAAGUAUUAUCGAUUGGGAUCAAAAAGAAACUCCAGUGAAAGACAAAUGGAUACAAACAUUUUGGAAAUUCUUUAAGUCCCAUCAAGACGAAAACGAGGAUAUGAGAGUUCCAGACUCGUUACACAAUUGGUGUUUGAUUCCAGCCCUCUUUGGAACAGAAACAUUUCUUGUUCCACUAGGCAAAGGAUAUUGUGUAGUAGAUUUGAAUACAUUCGAGAGAGAUGAAGGUUUAAAAAUGAUAAUAAAUAAAUUGCAAAUUCCAAAAUCAUUAAUAAAACCUGAUCUAAAAGAAAGUGUGUCUUUACUUGCUACUUACCCAGAUGCAAAUAAAACAUUUGACUGUUUUCAAUACUGGAUGACUUAUCGGAAUGUUGAGUUGACCUCACAUGAAUGUGCCAUUAUACUAGGUUAUUUUGGGCAAAACACUGGCAACUUGUCACAAAAACGCAUACAAGACAUGAGAAAACUCACUAUUUUUGAAACCAUAGAUGAUGGAAUAAAAAAGAUACCUGUGAAUCACCAAGAUAUUGUUGUAACAACAUUCGAUGCUGCAAUGCCUGUGCAAGGCUUACACUAUUUGUUCAACUCAAUAAAGGUAACGGUCCUAAAAUACAAUCCGGAUGCUGGUAGACUAUAUCGAGCUUUAAAAUUCAGUGUCCUAUUGAACAAUGCAAUGGUUCAUCCAAUACCAGAUUUAUACGCUACCAUGAUCUUGCCACAUAUUCACAAACUUAACACACCAAAUAUCUUAGCUCAUUUGGAAUAUAUACUGGCAAAAAAGUUGCAUGACAGCAGUUGUAUCAAAGAACAACUGAGUAAAGUUAGAUUUAUUUCUCAAAAUGAUAAGUUGAAAAGUGCUUCAGAAUUCUUUGAUAGAAAUGAUAAACUAUUCAAAGACUUUUGUGAAGAGUCAGAAUUUCCACCAACCCCAUUUAGCCAUAAAAUGUGGCAUGAGCUACUUAAAGAAGCAGGAAUGAAAACGAAGAGGUCGAAAGAAAUACUAAUUGAGUUUGCCAAAAGAAUGAUCAAAAUAGCUGCAACCAAUUUAAGCUAUGAUGCAAAAACUUUAAAGUCGAAAGCAAUAGUCGAAGCGAUUUUCAAAUUUAUUCAUGACUCAAAAAACAGUAAAGCUGUUGUUGAGAGUUUUACUAAAGAAAUAAGAACGAUAUCUUGUAUUUUACCUCAGAAAAUAGGCGAGGAAUAUACAGCAAUACACGCAGGAGUAGUAGGAGAUACUUUAAUGAGAUUUGAAAGGUCCCUGUUGGACAGUCGAUUUCAUAUUGUUUGGACAGUGCAGCCAACCUUACCAUACUAUGCUAUGAGUGAUAAGCCAAUUAGUGCACUGCAUGUGGGGCAAGCACCAUGUAUAAAAAGUGUUCUUCAACACACAGAAAAUAUAUGCGCUUCUAUCAGUCUGUCAUGGAAGGAAGAGCAAAAUGAUUUAAUUAAAAGAAUAAUGAAAGAUGUAUAUGAGUACUUUUGCGAUAAUUUAGAAGAUGAGUCUGAGAUCACCAAAAAUUUGUCAAGAAUACCACUUGUCCAUGUAACGAAACACAAAACCUUCGUUAGAGCUGAAAACAUCGUGAAAAUUUUAUCAAGUGGAAGUGAAAUAGUCCCUUAUCUUAUUCAAGCACCAGAGGAAUAUGCACCAUUCUACAAAUUAUUUCGUUUUCUCGGAAUGACAGAUACACCAACAAUUAAAACAUACGCUAACGUAUUGUCGAAUUUUUAUAAGGACUUUGGUAAAGGAAGAUUAAAUAUCGAGCAAAUUGAACAGGUGGGGGAAGCGACCAAAGGUCUUGUUCAGAUGCUUCAAGCAACAAUGGUUGAUGCAAGUCACAUUGAUGUCGAUGAAAGUCAAACUGAAAGCGAUGACAGUCGGAAUGAUAGCGAUGAAAAACAGAUUGAUAUCAAUGAAAGUCAUACUGAUAUCGAUGAUCUGAUUUUAAUGACAACAGAUUUUCGAUUGGUUCCAUCUUCAGAGAUAUUUCUGGAAACUAGAGAUGACGAAAGACAACGGAUAAUGAAGAACGGAACUCUCAACCUGAUGGCGGACUUGACAAUUGUUUCUCUCAGUAAAAGUCAGAUAGAGGAAAUAUUUAUGAAACUUCCAGAAAAGUUGCGACCUACCUUUGCAAGUACUUCCAUUCACGAAGAAGUUAUUUCCACUGAUGAAGUAUUCCUAAAUAGCGAUAUUGCAGAUAAGCUUAAGGAUUAUAUAACCAGCGAACACUUUAUAACUGGAAUUUUGCGUCUUGCAAAGUACAAAGCAUCGUCCAGAAAUAGGCCAAUUGGAGAAAAUUCACUUCUAGAUAUCGAAUCAAAUUUAAAAACAGUUCAAAUCUGCACUGUAAAACAAUUGCAAACUGUAUUAAGUCUGAACACUAGAAGGUUAAAUGAAACGGAAGUUUCAAAACGGUGUUACCUAGAUAAGAAAAAGAAUAUUCUGUAUUUCACAUCUUUCGAUGUAGAUGCAGUCAAAUGGCUCUCAUUAUAUGAUCUGGAGUUAGCCUCUGCAAUUGAACCUCUAUGGAAUGGUAACAUUGAAAAGGAUCAAAUUUUGAAAAUAUUAUCAAAAAUUGACCUCAAUCCAUUGGAAUUUUCAAAACGCCUGGACGAUCUCGGUAUACCACCAAUGGAUGAAACUGGAAUUAUUUCGUUUGUUCCUCUUCCAGGCUCACUUGUUCCAAAAGAACUUACAGCAUUUUUAGUUCCACUGGAGUCUAUAGUAACACUGAAGAGUUUUGUAAUUUAUAGCGAUUGGAAAAAUACACAGCGCUAUAAAUACGGAGUAGUUUUAGAUGUUAUCUUAUCAGACGAACAAAAUGCGGAAUAUAUUCUAAAUGUUGGUAGUUCAUCACCUAGAAAUAUUCAUAUGUCAGAACUAUUUAUGAUAAAAGAAAUGUCAGAAAUUAACUACGAAACUGUCCAUUUGAAUGACGACGAAUACAGUCAUAGAAGCGAUUUGACUUUAAGUGCUGCUAUGAGGUUUAGAAUGAACCAACAGCCAAAUCCACAGCCUGAUGAAGGGAGACGUUGGCUUCAACAAGCAAAAUACGACUUGGAAGUAGCAAAGUUGACGAAGAAAACGAUUGAUGAGGAGCUGUCUAAAGGCUACAACUGGAUAUGUAUUAUUUGUCAGCAGGCAGCAGAAAAGGCAUUAAAGGGGGCAAUGUAUACCAUAAAUGCUGAUGAGGUUCAACGUGUCCAUAGUCUGACAGCGCAUAUACCGGAAGGAGAUACAGAAUUACUUCCAAUAGCUUGCUUACUUGAAAGCACUAUUGGGAGCAUUGAGAAGAUGAGAUAUCCUAUUUAUCGUGCUUUACCAGCAGAUUUAUAUGAAAAGGAGGAUGCACUGGAAGCAUUACAAGUUACCGAACAAAUAAUCAAUGAGGUGCAAGAAAAAUACAUUAAAAGUCUUUGAGUUGUAAAUCAAAUGUUUACCUUCGACUCUGUUAAUAAUGUUUUGUCUGGGUAUCAAUAUGCCUUUUAGCUUUAUGUUAUCUAUAAUAUAUUGUACACGUGUUUCUCAUAUUUGAAUAUUAUACAAUUAUAUGUACUGUCUUUUGAUGAGGUAAAUAUGUGGUUUUAUUGAGUUUUGAAAAAUUGAUUUUCACUGAAGCCAACGACCGAAAUGGAUAUCAGUUUUUCAAAAGUCAAUUAAACCAAAUAUUUACCGAAUCAAAGACAAUAAUAGUUUUAUUCCAUAUUUCGAGAAAAAUAUAUGUAAUGGAAAAUACUUAUAAAAACCAAUUGUACAUCAAACGUUUUUUACCAAAAUUAUGCACGUUACAGCACGCGACGUUUUGCGCGGUGAAUAUACUUUUUCAGCAGGUAUACGCUUAUUUAAUAAAAAUCCCAUUAAAAAAAAUCUGCUAAAGUUUUAGCAAAAUGGAAUAGUUUUUGUUUAAGCUCUGUUAUUAUUUCGGUGUACAAUAGAUUUUUGAACAGAUUAUAAAUAUUUAACAGAGGUAUUUUCAGGCAAUAAAGAUCAAAAGCAGACAGAGUCACUUUUAUCAAAGAUACUUGUAUCAUGCGAUUUUACAUUGAUAUAAAAAAAUUUUGAAGAUUCCUCUCCUCAAAGUGACUCGGGUUUCUUCCUCCAUCUUGAAUUUCGAAGAAGCAGAUAACUGUGGUCUAGAUAUUUGAUGAAUUGUGCAAAUUUUGAGAAUUUAAUUUAUGUAAAUUUUUUAUAUUAAUACAUGAAAUAUAAAAAAAUUGUGUGUUUUAUCAUAAUUACAGUUUUAGUUUUCAAAAACACCUUGUAUGUGUUUGAUUAAUUUUUUUUUCAACUUUGUCAAAUAAGGGGAUAUAACUCAGAUAAAGAAAUAAUAGAAAGUGUCAUGAAUUUACCUAUCUUAAUAUGUAACAAGAAAACAAGUCCAGUGACCCCAUUUUUUUCUUUUUCGUAUCUGAAAGCAUGUUAUAAGAGCAAUAUUCUCACAUUUUUUUUAUAAUUAUAAUAGAAUGUAUUCUUUUUAUCACAUAAAAUUUAUCAAAAUUGAAUUUUCAAUGCAUAAUCUAUUAUACAAAAUCUGACAGUUUUGCGCAACCUGUAGCGUGAAAAAAGUCCGGUGACCCAUGAUUCUUUUUAAUAUAUUUUUGAAAAAAGCAUGAUCAAAAACUUCAUUUUGACAAGUUAUCAAAAAAUAAUAUCAAUUUUAUUUAAGCCACCUUAACUAUAAUAAAAUGGAGAAAGGAAAUGGUGAAUAUGUCAAAGCGACAACCACCCGACCAUAGAGCAGACAACUGCCGAAGGCAACCGAUGGGUCUCCAAUGUAGCGAGAAUUCCCGCACCCGUAGGUGUCCUUCAGUUGGCCCCUAAAAAUAUGCAUAAUAGUACAGUGAUAAUGAACGUCAUACUAAACUCCGAAUAAUACACAAGAAACUAAAAUUUAAAAUCAUACAAGACUAACAAAGGCCAGAGGCUCCUGACUUGGGACAGGCGCAAAAUUGCGAAUACUUUACUUGUUUUUUUGUUGUUGUUGUUAUUAAAUUUCUUAAUACAAACUGUGUUUCUUCUAUUUAUUUUCUUUCUAGUUUUGCUGAGUUUUUAUUUUAUUGUUCUUUUUGGUCUGUUAUAUUAUAUAUACACGUCUAUUAUGUAAUGUGUUAUACAUUGAUUCAUUUGUAAUUUUUUUGUUUACUGCUAGAAGCAUAUUUUAAAAACUGAAAUGUAUUAAUCCUGACAUAUCAGUAUCACUUGGCGUCCGUUGUCCGACGUCAUUGUCCGUCGUCGUCCCCUGUCAUUGUCGUCGUCUGUCAUCGUUAUUUGUAUUCAAAAAUGUUCUCCUCUGAAACUGCUAGGACAAAUUUAACUUAAUUUGGCCUCCGGGUGCGGGAAUUUCUCGUAUAUUGAAAACCUGUUGGUUACCUUCCUCUGUUGUUUUUUCUAUGGUCGGGUUGUUGUCUCUUUAACACAUUCCCCAUUUCCAUUCUCAAUUUUAACUAUCAUUGUUGGGGUAUCUAGUUUUAAAACAAGUGUCCGAUGACUCCGCCUGCAAACCAAUAUUUUUAAAAUGCCGACAUGGCAAAACAUACAUAGGGGUGAAUUGCAUUUUUGUCUAGUUAUCUUGAAAACUGCUAUGAAUAGAGAAAAUAAGUCGGAACGUUCAUUGUUCAAAAUUUUGAGAUCUCUAUGCUGUACAUUUAUUUCAAAAAUGUUAGGCAACUAAAUCUAGGAGUAAUUGACCUUAAUGGUCAAAUCUAACCAUUUUUGUUUUAUUCUUGUACAUUAUUUUGAAAAGUAUAUUCAAUGUAAUAGAUAGAGAGACACUUAAAAAGAAAAAAUGAUCGCCAUGGCUAGAUCUAUAAAUAAGUAAAAACAAAUUGUCAGACUACUAAAGUCAUUGUGUUUUGAUAUCUAUUUUUAUCUAUGUUUAGCAUUUUUAGCUAAUAUCUAACAAUAAUCAUCUUCUCUGAUACAUGUACUUCUGAUCAAGACAACAUGGCCGACAUGGCUAAAAAUAAAUCAAAGGGGUAUAAAUUGCAAAUGUGUUAACUUUCUUCUACUUGCUUAAAAACCUCUAUGAAUCAUAGAUCAAAUCCCACAUGAGCAUAGAUGUUCAGAACGAAUGUUGAGAUCUGAGCACACACUGCUGUUUAUUUACGUAAAACCAAAUCUUAAGUCGACUUGUAACUACGAUUUAUAAAGGGAUCAUUGGAGGGAAAGGCGGGAGAUUGCACAACCUGCAUUUAAAAAAGAAGAGGAUUGAACCUGUUUAUUUUAAAUUUAUUGACCCCUUUGUAUUCCGCAAUAAAAAAAAUGGUAGAGUGCUCACCUCUGAAAUGUUUUUUUAUACAUUACUUAGCUGCGAAGUUGGAUUUAAAAAAAGUGUCAAGUGUGUAUAAUAUUUUUCUUUUACUUGAAAUUUUUUAGAUUUAGAUUUAGAUUCUUGAUUUUCUUUAAAACAAAAACUCUCGGCUGACGGGAUGACAAUUUUGUUUAAACUGCAACUUACAUUAACUGGUACAUACGGUCUUUUAAUCUUUGUUGAGUCUUUAGAACUGAGGGUGUCAGACCCAUGUCAGACAAGCUUAUGAUGGAGGUGUAUUUACAUAAUUUAUAAUUGAACUCGUAUGUUCUAUUAUUCUAUACAUUGUAUUGUAUAACAAUGUAUUGCAUUUGUAUUGUAUAAAAUUGUUUGAUUGUAUUGCUUGCAAUUGACCCUUAUGCGUGUAAUUUUGCAGUAAAGAUUAUUUUGAAGUUUCCUAUAUAUGUUUAGUUUUACUACCUCUUGUUAAUGCAAAAUGUACUACUACUUCUUGAAACAUCGUACAAGAAAUUAUAUUGUACAACACAAAUACCAAAAAUGAUUACAGGACAUAAAUUCAAAAAAAGCAUAAGCAGGUCAUAAACUACAAAUGUCAACAUGAUUGAAAUAGUCAUUUUAUUUUCUAUAGAGUUAUUGCCCUUUCUUGAUGAUUUUACCAAAACGUUGCUAUUAUUGACGAUGAAGGUGAUUGACACAGGUUCUUUAGGGCCUCUUCACUAGUAUAUAUGUGUAACAUUUCUUUUUCCCAGUGUUUAAAUUACGUGAAGUUAGUUGAAAAGAUUUGUAAUGUAAACAUACCAGGGUAUUAAGGAUACAGAAAAAUGUUUCAUGAAACAUACUUUAAUUUUUACUGUAUAUCAUUUCAUCUAAUUUGCGUACAUACAAUAUGCAUUAGUCUCGGAUUUUUAGUUAAUAUAUCAUUUUUGCCAUUCUGUGAUUUGCAUAUAGAGUGUAUAAACAUGGAUUUAAUCAUUUCCAUAAUGUCUGUAAGUCAAACUUGAUUAGUAAAUAUAUAACAUAGUACAAUAUAAUUAUGAUGAUUUGCAGGUAAAAUUAAAGUCAAUUGUAACCCUAAACCUGACUUAUUCAUGGGCCUUAAUUAAUCUUAAGUUGACUUACUUAUAAUU